AUGGCGUCGAGCAGGACAGCAGCGAUGCUGGUCCUCGUGGCCGCGGUGCUGUGCCCUGCAGCCUUGUCCAAGCCGUCGGCGGCGUUCAUCUCUAUGCCCACCGACCACGUCGGUGGCCGUAUUCCUCCCGUCUCCCCCGCCGAUGGACUCGCCUUCGACUUCCAUGCCGACUCCUGCCCGCAGUUGCAGGACGUGGUGCGCUCCGCCAUGGAGACCGCGCUCCACAGCGAGAUCGCCCUCGCCGCCGGCCUCCUUCGCAUCUUCUUCCACGACUGCUUCCCUCAGGGCUGUGACGCGUCGGUCCUUCUGACGGGAGACGGCAGCGAGCUCCAGUUGCCGCCGAAUCUGACGCUCCAACCGCGGGCGCUGCAGCUCAUUGAGUCCAUCCGUGCCCAGGUGCACGCCGCCUGCGGACCCGUCGUCUCCUGCGCCGACAUCACGGCCCUCGCCACCCGCGAUGCCGUUGCCUUCUCCGGGGGUCAGGGCUACGACGUGCCGCUCGGCAGGCUCGACAGCCUCGCGCCGGCGCCGAGCUCGGCCGUCUUCGAUCUCCCCCAGGCCAGCUCCAACGCCUCCACGCUCAUCGACGUCUUCGAUACCCGCAACCUCGACAAUGUCGACCUCGUCGCGCUCUCAGGUGGCCACACCAUCGGGAAGGGCCACUGCAGCUCCUUCUCCAACCGCUUCUCCGAGGACUCCGACUUCGUCCGAAGCCUCGCCUCCAACUGCUCCAGCGACUUCAACCGGCUGCAGGACCUCGACGUCACCACCCCGGACGUGUUCGACAUCAAGUACUUCACCAACCUGCAACAGGGAAAGGGGGUGUUCACCUCCGACCAGAAGCUCACCGCGGACUGGCGCACCGAAUGGGUUGUCAACGGCUUUGCCGGGAACCACUGGUGGUUCUUCGGCCAGUUUGCUGCUUCCAUGACCAAGCUCGGGAAUCUCCAGGGGCCCCAAGGAAACGUCGGCGAGAUCCGUCGCAACAGCUGCUUCGUGCGCAAUGGACAGAGCAUCCUCACCACCACCAGCGACGAGGGGCUCGCCGCCUCUGCUUGA